AUGGCAGGUGUACCAGAACUAAUCCGUUACCAAUCGGUACUCCGAGAUCGUCAAAACACUGGCCCUGACGAAACGAAUACAAUCGAUCCAAUGGUAGAAGAACUUCGAAUGGCACCCCUGGUUUGGUGGAAUGUGAAGGAGCACGUUGAGCCCCAACAACAGGUUCAACGUGGCUACGCAGUAUUGGGCCAUGUUCCAGAGGCUAACAAUAGACCACAAGACGACUCAUCCGUCUCUAGUAGCGCAACACGAAGCCCGGUUUUGCUAAACACCGAUUCGCCCUGGUCUGCUUUCCUCUGCGGUUCUCAAGGAUCUGGAAAAUCGCAUACUCUAUCGUGUAUGCUCGAAAACUGUCUUUUGACCGACAAAACGAUCCUCCCUCGAGUAGGGUUAAAUCCUCACCCACUUGCCGGACUGGUGUUUCACUACGAUCGGUGCCAGGGCAGCGGAGUUUGUGAGGCCGCCUAUCUCUGCACCAACAUUCCGACGACUGUUCUUACAAUACUCAUGAUUCUUCGCAAAAUGGCGAUCAAAUCACAAGGUCUUGGAACCUUUGACUACAUCACCUUCAAGAACGAGCUGUCAGCUACCAAGUUUACUAGCGGCCAAGAUGGUCCUAUGAAACUUCGCCUUGACCUGCUGGAAUCAUUUAUGAAAGAUAGAAAAAAGGGCUCUAGCACUCUGGCGAAUACCGAAAACGACUUCCUCACUGGUACUCCAGGUUCUCUCACCAUUGUAGACCUGACGGAUCCCGUCAUCGACGCUGAUUCUGCUUGCGUGCUCUUCGAUAUUUGCCUCUCUGUAUUUAUUCAGCAGACACAGUGUGGAAAAAUUGUCGCCUUGGACGAAGCGCACAACUACAUGACGGAAGGCAGUGGUGCGGCUAAAGCCUUCACCGAGAAGCUGUUGCGGACAGUGCGUGAACAGCGACAUCAAGCCGUCAGAGUUGUCAUUGCGACCCAGGAACCUAGCAUUAAUACACAGCUGCUGGACCUGUGCAGUAUCACAAUGGUGCACAGGUGUACAAGUCCUGCAUGGUUCAACGUGCUCAAGCGACACGUUGCAGCUCUUUAUCUGAACUUGCCGACGUCUUCUCAGGCUGGCGCAAGUGGGGACGAAAAGGUAGAGGGGGCUAAGGAUGAUACAGAAUUGUUUCUCGAGAUUGUUCGGCUGAAGCUUGGAGAAAGUCUGCUGUUCUGCCCAUCAGCUGUGAUCAAGGUUGUUGGAGAGGAGAUAGAAAGGAUGGAGGGGAGAUACGUCAAAUUUAAGACGAGGCAGAGGGUCACAGCGGACGGGGGGAGGAGCUUGAUAGGCGCUGCUGUGGAGAGCUGCCUAAUGAGAGUACAAGGCGGAGGCAAAGUUCUUAGCGAAACAGGACGUAAACAAGGCCAUCCUCGCACGGGGCGGGUGUAUCGGAGUAGACCGUAA